CUUUCCCAGCCUUUUCUUAUACAAUUCCGUCCUUUUCUUGUGCACCGUUUCACCGCCGUUCUCCCCUUUUCUCCACACAGAGAUCUUUAAUGGCGGAACCAAAAAAAUGUUAAAUCUCAUCCAAAUUGUCUCAUCAUCACCACCAAAAUCAAUGUUAUUAAGAAGAAUCUUCACUUCAAUUUCUUCUUCUCCUUACAAAACAAAUCUCCAUCGUUCAUUCAUCCCAUUAGCAAUCUCUUCAUCAUCAAAUUCACAGGUCAAAUUCCGUCCUCCCUCUUCAAUUUCAAUGUCUUCAUCAUCUGAAAACAACAAAAACGAAAAAUUGGAUGAAGCAAGGAGAUCAACGAUACUACCAUCAGUAACAGGAUCAACAAAACCUGAAUUACUCAGAGGUAUUGAAUCGGUACUUGGCUCACCAUUCAGUUCCGAUCCAUUCACACCAAAACCUAAUCCGCUCAUAAUCGUGAUUAGCGGACCGUCCGGUGUUGGUAAAGACGCCGUGAUUAAGAAAUUACGUGAAGUUCGUCAGGGAUUACAUUUCGUUGUGACUGCGACGACACGGGAGAAACGUAUCGGCGAAGUUGAUGGAGUUGAUUAUCAUUUUGUAAGUAAAGAGAAAUUUCUUGAAUUAGUUGAUUCAAAUGAGUUAUUAGAAUAUGCAUUAGUGUAUGGUGAUUAUAAAGGUAUACCUAAACAACAAAUUAGAGAUUUUAUGUCCAAAGGGAAGGAUAUUAUACUUAGAGUUGAUAUACAAGGUGCAGCUACAUUGAGGAAGAUACUGGGUGAUUCUGCGAUUUUUGUGUUUUUAGUUGCGGAGAGUGAAGAAGAACUUGUGAAUCGGUUGGUGGAUAGGAAGACGGAGACGAUUGAUACGUUGAUUGUUAGAAUUAAGACUGCGAGGGAAGAGGUUAAACAUAUGAGGAAUUUUGAUUAUGUUGUUGUGAAUGCCGAAGGGAAAUUGGAUAAUGCUGUUAAAUUGGUUGAGUCUAUUAUUGAUGCUGAGAAAGCUAAGGUGUUACAAAGGAAAGCUGUUGUUUAGUUUGGGAUUUCGAUUGUUCGAGGUGAACAUAAAGCCUCGAGAUGCAUUGUCAGGCAAGAGGUACUAAAUGCUGAGGAAGGAGAAUGCUUCGCUGUGCUGGAUGGAAUUAGAUGGGCUAUGGAAACUCGGGUGGAGCAUCUUUUUAUUGAAGUGGACUCGAGCAAUGUAGCUAAGGCAAUAAAUGGGAGUGAUUCAUGUCUCUCCUGGCAAAAUCACAACAUUAUCAAAGACAUUUUAUUUUAUCUGAGUAGUUUUAGAAGUUGGCUAAACAUUCUAGGAAAUUUUUGGUGUCUGAUUCUUGUUAUGAUACUCCUCCACAGCGCUAUCUCUAACAUUUUAAAGGCCCAGGGCGAAUAUUCAGAAAGGGGCCUUUUAAUAUGAAGCCUAUUAUUGGGGCGUCACACUCCAUUAGAGGGGCUUCACUUGAAUACCUGGUGACCAAAAAUCUGGUUAAGGGAUACUUUUGAUUCAA